GCGGCGCCGGGAGGCGUCCCGUGGUGUUCCUGCCCGGCCCGUUCCGGGCUGUAAGGGGAGGGGACUGCCCGGCCCGUGUCCGUUUAUUGCCUUCUCUGUCUGCUCGCACGGGUCGUGCUGCCGUUAGCCUUAAGCGAUGUCUUUGAAGUCAGCAGGAGCGAAGCCCGAAGGCAGGACGGAGUGGCUCUCGUCCCCCCGUGCCGCGACGGCUGUUCCCAUAGCACAGCUAUGAGACCCGACAAUGGCGUUACACCCGCGCAGGGUGCGCCUGAAGCCGUGGCUGGUGGCCCAGGUGGACAGUGGGAUGUACCCCGGCCUCAUCUGGCUGAACCGAGAAGCCAAGAGGUUCCAGAUCCCCUGGAAGCACGCGACCCGGCACAGCCCGCAGCACGAGGAGGAGAACACCAUCUUCAAGGCAUGGGCUGUGGAAACAGGAAAAUACCAGGAAGGAGUCGACGAGCCAGACCCUGCAAAAUGGAAAGCCCAGCUCCGAUGUGCUCUUAACAAAAGCCGGGAGUUCAAUUUGAUGUAUGAUGGCACCAAGGAGGUGCCCAUGAAUCCUGUGAAAAUCUAUGAAGUGUGCGAUAUCCCGCAGUCCCAGGGAUCAAUCAUUAAUCCAGGUUCCACUGGCUCAGCUCCAUGGGAUGAGAAGGAAAAUGAUCUUGAUGAGGAUGAAGAGGAAGAAUUGAAUCCAUCUCAGCAUGUCCCUAUUCAAGAGACAUUUCCAUUUCUUAAUAUCAAUGAUUCUCCGAUGGCUCCAGCCAGCGCAGAGAACUGCAGCCCUGAAGCUGUGUGGCCAAAGAAUGAACCUCUGGAUAUGGAGAUGCCCCCGACUGCUUUGCAGCAUGACUUCUUCAGCAGCCCGGAGCUCUGGAUCAGCUCUCUUCCAAUGACAGACCUAGAAAUCAAGUUCGAAUAUCGAGGAAAGGAGACUGGGCAGACAACAACUGUGAGCAACCCGCAGGGAUGCAGACUGUUCUACGGAGAGCUGGGUCCUAUGCCAGACCAGGAAGAGCUCUUUGGGCCAAUUAAUUUGGAGCAAGUAAGGUUUCCAGGAACAGAGCAAAUCACCAAUGAAAAGCAAAAGAUCUUCACCAGUCGGCUGCUGGAUGUUAUGGACAGGGGACUGAUCCUGGAGGUCAGUGGCCACGCCAUCUACGCUGUGCGGCUCUGCCAGUGCAAGGUGUACUGGUCCGGUCCCUGUGCACCUUCUGCCACUACACCAAAUUUGAUUGAGAGGCAAAAGAAAGUCAAACUCUUCUGUUUGGAGACGUUCUUAAGUGAGCUGAUUGCCCACCAGAAAGGACAAAUUGAGAAACAGCCACCAUUUGAGAUCUAUUUCUGUUUUGGGGAAGAGUGGCCUGAUGGAAAACCUCGGGAGAGAAAGCUGAUCGUGGUUCAGGUCAUCCCUGUUGUGGCCCGGAUGAUAUACGAGAUGUUUUCCGGUGACUUCACGCGCUCCUUUGACAGUGGCAGCGUGCGGCUCCAGAUCUCUACUCCUGACAUCAAGGACAACAUUGUGGCUCACCUGAAGCAGCUGUACCGCCUGUUGCAGACCCACCAGGAGGGGUGGCCGAUGCAGGCCCCUACCAUGCACAUGGCACAGCCGCUGCCCGCACAGUGACAGGCACUUGAUCCUCCUGUGCUGUUCCCUCUCAUGUGUAUAUAAGAAAACUUUGAUAAGUGCCUUGCCUGAACCUGAAAGAAAUCUGUAAAUCUGGUUUUCUGAUUGAAUUUCCACAGUCUCAUGGUACUUUUCUUGGGAGAGUGUUAUAAAUAAAGGGAAUAAGGAAUGCUUCUAGCUCCGUCACUGUUUUUAGCUGCUUGCUUAACCCACCACUAUGUAUAAAUCAGAUCUGUAAUUCUGUAAUAUUUUUUAAACCAAAUACUGACAUCCUGUAUAUAAAGAUUUGAGUGGGAGAGAGGAAAAACUAAUCUGUACUCUAUUAAAAUUGCCUUAACGUUA